GAAAGGGAGAGCAACAAACUUUUAGAGGAAGUCAUAGGUUAAAAGCCCCAUAGCUUUUUCUUCCAUCACUUUCAUUCCUCUCUUCUCAUUCUUACAGACUUUGAGAGAGAAUUUAUUUAAGAGAUCUUGAUCAGAUCUUUUAUACUUGCAAAAAUCGAUUCUAAAUAUAUAAUCUAUACCUUAUAGAGAAACUCUUCAUAUCUUGAAGAUUCCUAAGAGAUGGGAAAUUACUACUCUAGAAGAAAAUCUAGGAAACACAUCACUACAGUUGCCUUGAUCAUCCUUCUUCUUCUUUUGUUUCUGUUUCUUUACGCUAAAGCUUCAUCGUCUUCUCCUAAUAUACAUCAUCACUCAACUCAUGGAAGCUUGAAGAAAUCUGGAAAUUUGGAUCCAAAGCUUCAUGAUCUUGACUCCAAUGCUGCGUCAUCAAGAGGAUCAAAAUAUACUAAUUAUGAAGGUGGUGGUGAAGAUGUUUUUGAAGAUGGCAAGAGAAGGGUCUUCACAGGUCCUAAUCCAUUGCACAAUAGAUAAAUUUUUGCUUUUACAAGUUUUUGUGAAUUUUUGUCUGAAUAAAACUCAUUUGUGCAAACACAAAAAACAUAUUUAUUU